GGUCUGGUAUCUGUUGAGGCGAUCAUAUGUUGUCAAAGACUCCACCUCUGAAGUAGAGAGCAGCCUUCCUGGAGCUCAGUUAGACAUCACAGAGCUGUGAUCAUACGCACCACCAUGAAACAGAGCCUGAUAACAGCUCUAAUUCUCUGCAGCAUCAGCUGGAUCUCUGUCUCAGGUUCUGAGUCUCACACUGAGACUGUGGAGGGUCGGCCGGGUGGAGAAGUCACACUCACAUGUUCUAACCCGUCCAGCCGAGACGCUGCAACACUCUGGUUGAGAGUGUUCAACAGAACCAAGGCCAGCUUUAUCUCUGCGAUGUUCAGCUCUACAGUAAAACCUUUAUACAGUAAUGGAAGUCAAAAUGGAAGAUUCAACAUGAGUACCAACAUCUCCACUCUCUUUCUCCAAAUCAAACAUGUGGAUGUAUCUGACUCUGGACUGUAUUUAUGUGGAUUUUACAUCGGAGGACCUUUUCAUUUCAGCGCAAUACACUUCAAUGUUAAAGGCAGUGAUGAUUCUCAUGACGACGCUGACAGGAAGUCUGAAAGCAGCGAUGAAUCUGAUGAUGACGACAGGAAGUCUGAAACAGAGUCUGAUGGAACAGCAAAGCUGAUGAGUUUGAUCCUGGGAGCUCUGACUGUUCUCCUCUUAAUGAUCAACAUUGGUCUGGUUGUUAAAAACAGGAAACUUCAGAAAGCUGCCAAUGAAGAACAGAAUCCACAACAGCCUGAGAAUGUGGACUCUGAUGAUCUGAACUCUGCAGCUCUGAGGUUCCUUCCAAACACAACAAGGAUCAGGAGGUCUGCAUCAGAGAGAGAAGUGGAGACUCAGGUUCUUUAUAGUAGAUAGACACAAGCAGCAAUAGGACUGCAACUCUCAGUGGAACUGAUGCUCUAUAUUCAUCUGCUGCCAGAGUCAAUGGCAACAAUCUUUUAUUAAAUAAAGUUCCUAUACUCAUAGUCA